UACAAAACUAAAUCAAAUAAUGUCCGCAAAAGAUAUUUACUCUGAGGUGAAAAAGUCGAGAGACUUUACAAAAAAAGUAAUUUUAGUGACCGGAAGUAGUGGUGGUAUCGGCGAAGCGAUCGCUAAACUAUACUCAGCUCUGGGGGCGAGUGUUGUCAUCACCGGUAGGCGAGAGGCAAUUGUUAAACGCGUGGCCAAAGAGGCUCAGGAAUUAUCACCAAAUAAAACACCGGCUUUGGAAAUACCGGCAGAUUUAGGAAAGAAUGGCGAAGCGGAGCGUGUGUUCAAUGAAACUAUUAAAACGUUCAAACGAUUGGAUGUAUUGGUGAAUAACGCCGGCGACUAUAUUAAGGCCAACGGAACCGAUGAUAACUUUUUGGAUGUUUUGGACAGAUCUCUGAAAGUAGAUCUCAAGGCAUCGCUUACUCUCAUCCGACUCUUUGAACCAUAUCUUAAACAAAGCAAAGGAAAUGUUGUCAACAUUUCGUCGGUGUUUACGGAGAGACCACAAAAAUCCUAUUUGGGAUAUCAAUUGGCAAAACAAGCCCUGGAAAUGAGCACAACUACACUGGCAUUAGAGUUGGCCCCACACGGCAUUCGGGUUAACAGUGUUGGCAUAGGAAUAGUGAGAUCUCACGUAACACAUGACGACCCAAAUGUUAUGAAAAUUUUCAACGAAGCGGCCAAACAGACACCACUCGGACGUAUCGGCACUCCCGACGAUAUCGCUAAAGGGGUGGUAUUCCUGUCCUCAUCGGACGCCUCGUUCAUAACGGGACACAAUCUGGUCAUCGAUGGCGGCAUUAACAAUGAUAUCUAUCAAGAAGUGAGAGAUUCAAGAAAUUUUACGGGGAAAAUAGUUUUAGUGACCGGAAGUGCUUCGGGUAUUGGAGAACAGAUUGUGAAACUAUACUCAGCUCUCGGGGCGAGUGUUGUCGUCACCGGUAGGAAAGCCUCAGAGAUUUCAAAAGUGGCCAAAGAAGUACAGGAAUUGUCACCGAAAAAACUUAAACCGUUAGAAGUGACCGCAGAUCUGACCAAAGAUGAAGACUUAAAGCGUUUGUUUGAUGAGACCAUAAAAGCAUACAAAGGAUUGGAUGUAUUGGUCAAUAGCGCCGGUCUAUUGAUUAACUCUUCGGCGACCGAUAAAGACUUUUUGUCCGUUUUGGACAAAUCGGAGAAAAUAGACUUAAGAGCAUCACUAGAGCUGAUCCGUCUGAGUGUUCCGUAUCUCCAGAAAUCAAAGGGAACUGUUGUUAACAUUUGCAGCACUUUUACUAUACACCCGCAAAAAUCGUAUUUGGGAUAUGAGUUGGCCAAACAGGCGCUAUCAAUGGCAACCAAUGUAUUAUCACUAGAGUUGGCCCCACAGGGUAUUCGUGUUAACUCUAUCAGCCCGGGUAUUGUUCAGUCACAUCCACUCAAUGAGACCCUUCCCUGGGAAAAACGGGUGAUUGAGAAAGCGGCCAAAACUACACCACUGGCCCGACCCGGCCUUCCCAUUGAUAUCGCCAAAGGCAUAGUAUUCCUGUCCUCAUCGGACGCCUCAUUCAUAACGGGACACAAUCUGGUGGUCGACGGAGGGCUCAGAUAUAACAUGGAUUCAGAUUUUAUGAAUGUUUAG